AUGGAACUAAAGCAAGGAAGCAAAUCAAUUGCUGAGUAUGAGGCUCAGUUCACAGAAUUAGCCCAUUUUGCGCCCCACAUGGUGGAUGCGGAUUACAAGAAGGCUAGACAGUUUGUGGGAGGUUUGCGUGACCCAAUUGUAGAUAAAAUUAAUGUACUUAAAUUGCCAACGUAUGUGGAUGUACUUGACAGGGCACUAAUAGCAGAAAGGAAUGUGACUAACCGUAAGCAAAACUUUGAAUGGAAGGACAAAAAACAGAAUUUUAACAAAGGGACCACAUCAAUGAGUAAGAAGUUUAAGCCGGGGAGUUCUGGUAAUUCCGGUUCAAGCCAAAGUGUUAACUCAACACCAGCUUGUACUACAUGCGAAAAGAAACAUGGAGGUGUCUGCUAUCGCAUGAUGGAGGCUUGUUACCAAUGUGGGAAGAUAGGACAUAUGGCAAAGGAUUGCACAAAAUCACGACCGAAUGGCAACCGAGGAGCCACAAGCUCAAUUGGAUCCGCACCCACGACGAAACCGGCCACAACACCAUCUACCACAAGGAGUGAACAAAGGCAAGGAAGGGUUUUUGCACUGGUCCCGGGGGAUACUCAAAAUACUGAGGCGGUGGUGUCAGGUAUAAUCUCGAUUUGUGGUAAACCUACUUAUACCUUAAUUGAUUACGGGUCUAUGCAUUCGUUCAUUUCUAUGGCUUUUGCUGAAACUUGGAAUAGACCUAUGGAAACAUUGAAUUAUAUACUAUGUCUUGCAUCACCUACAGGGGGAUCUAUGCUAUGUUCAACUAUAUUUACUGCAUGUGAAUUAUUUCUCGGGAAUGCUACUUUGUAUGCUGAUUAA